AUGGAUGCACAGAACAAAAAAACCUUUGACGAAAGGUCCGAGAAGGACGGUGAGACGGGGGUGUCCGCGAAGGACGGAGAGAAGACGGGGUACGCUGAGAACCGAGAGUUGAUGGAAAGAGCAAUCGGAGGAAUGAACGCGGAAGAUGCGGCGGCGUUUGGCGAGUUAGCUCGCGAGCUGGAAUUGGCGGAGCGGGAACUGGAAUUGGGGUCUGACCUAUCCAGCUCCUGCAUGUCACUAGAUGACGACGGGAAGUCUUCAGUUGAGGGCCCCCGUAGGUCAUCAAGACGAAAGAGGCGUCGCACCGACGCCGACUCAGAGUCGGAUUGGAGUGGGCGAACAACCCCGGUCACAAAAAACCCUGUGGCAGGCGGGGAUGCCCGAAAAAUGUUCGGGUACCGUUUUCACGGUGACGACAAGUUUUUCGAACCGGUGGCUAUGCCGCCGAAGAAGAAGACUGCCGCGCCGACGGUUGCAGCAACAGUCUCAGCUGCGAGUAAGGAGGCCCCCUCAGGCCUUAAGGAAGCCCGAGUCUGCCUACAGCGGAUGAGGGCCACUGACACGGAUGAUGACGCGACCUGCACUGAAGAGCCGUCAGACGGCAUUAAAGAGGCCAUACUGGCACUAGAAGAGGCCGAAAGGACAAUGCCAGAGGAGGAACCGGCCAAAACAAAGAAGAAACCGCCAGCGCGUAAGCCUUCCCGUACACCCUCUUUCAAUGAGGAGUCUCGGGCCGCUGACGAGCUCGGAGGACAGAUUGAAAGAGAGGCCAGUCGAGUUCUGGACGCGAUCCGGAAAUCGGCAAAUUUAAAGGGGACGGUCAUUAAGGAAGUCAAAGACUCCGUUGCCUCAAUUUGUAGGGCGGCGGAGGUCCUCAAGGCGCGGUCGGACACGGUCGAGUGCGCACGAUUACGUGCUGCGAACUCCCGUCUUGAAAAAGAGGUGGCAGAAGGUAAGGCUAAAAUCGCCAGCUUCAGGCAGGAGUUUGCCCGCCUUGACGCAGAGAUGGCAGCCCUACGCGAGGAAGUGGAGCGAUCGCGGGCUACGGCUAGAGGAUAUGGACCGGCAGAGACAGAGGUACCCAUUGGAACUCCACGGGUCCUUGAAAACAUGGAGGAGAGACUGGUCAGGCAUAUGAGGAAGAUGAUGGAUGAUCGACUCGCGAGCAUCGAGGGUCGUCUCCUCCCAUCUCCCCAAGUCUCGGCCGAAGGAUGCCCACCUGCUAAGAAAGAUGGAAGCCAGGGCUCAGUUACCCAGGCUCUAGCGGGUGGCGCAAGGACAAACGCCCAGGGGUCCGCACCCCAGGCUAAGGGCGGAAAAAAGAAAAAGCCCAAGACGGCAGCCCACUCGGCCUCACAACCGGUCGAGACUAGUGCCCCCCCGGCAACACAGCCAUCCCAGCCAACGGAAGCCACCUGGGCCACUGUUGUGAAGGGUAAGCGGGGGAAGAUGGUAAAUGUCGCGCAAGGACAAGCGACACCAUCAACCAGUCGACAAGGGGUUAAGCCGGGUGCGUCAAAGCCGACCAAACCCAGCGCUCCGGUCCCGUCAAAGUUAAAACCACCCCGCUCUGCGGCGGUGGUAAUAACUAUAGACCCGGCCGCAGAGAAGGAAGGCGUUACAUACGCCAACAUACUGUUGGAGGCGAAAAGCCGAGUAGAUCUUCGUCCACUCGGUAUCGAGACGCUCAGACUGCGCCAGGCAAUCACCGGAGCCAGGAUACUGGAGAUUCCUGGGGCGGAGAGUGGCGAAAAAGCCGACGCCUUAGCGUCGAAGCUCCGGGAAUUCAUCCCGGAGAAUAUGGCGAAGGUGGCCAGGCCCGUCAAAACUGCGGAAAUGCGUGUGAUGGGUCUGGACGACUCCGCAACAACAGAGGAGGUCGCAGCGGCAGUGGCGCAAGCCGGAGACUGUCAGGCGGACUCAAUUAAAGUAGGAGAGAUCCGCCGCAAUUCCUUCGGGAUGGGGACCUGCUGGGUUCGUGGCCCCGUGGCGGGCAUCAAGAAGGCAACCACGGCGAAACACAUCCGUAUCGGAUGGGUUUCAGCACGGACGGAGCUCCUGCGGCAGAGGCCGCUACGAUGCUUCCGUUGUCUGGAAGGAGGGCACGUAAGCGCACAGUGCUCACAAACCCAGGACCGUAGCGGCCUCUGCUACCGUUGUGGAGAAGGAGGUCACCAUGCAGCGACAUGCACAGCCGAUCCGCGGUGCGUCAUAUGCGCCGCGUUAGGACGCCCGGCGAACCAUUGGGUGGGUGCUAAAUCUUGCACCCCGCCCAAAAACAAGAAAGCGAAACGGCCAGCCGCGCAAGUCCAAGGCCGAAGGAGCGGAGAGGAGGAGGGGAUGGACACGGGUCGUGAGCCCAGUCCCCCUCCUGGCGAUCAGGGAGGUAGGGGCGGCAAGUAG